AUUCAUCUUUACUAAUUGUUAAUCAAAAAGAUAAAAAUAAAAAUAAAGAAUCUGGUAAAGAAGAAUUUGAUAACUGGCUAAAUUUUAAUGAAGGAAAAGAGAAAAAUUAUUAUUCUGAUUUUUAA